AUGGUGAUGCAUGCCUGUAAUAUCAGCCACUCCAGUGGCAAAGUUCUUCUAUUUUACUCUGUGCUUCAGAUUACUUUUUAUGAAGAUAAAAAUUUUCAAGGCCGCCGCUAUGACUGUGAUUGCGACUGUUCCGAUUUCCACUCGUACCUAAGUCGCUGCAACUCCAUUAGAGUAGAAGGAGGUACCUGGGCUGUGUACGAAAGGCCCAACUUUGCAGGGCACUUGUACAUCUUACCUCAGGGCGAGUACCCUGAAUACCAGCGCUGGAUGGGCCUCAAUGACCGCCUGGGCUCCUGUAGAGCUAUUCACCUGUCUAGCGGAGGCCAGUAUAAGAUUCAGAUUUUUGAGAAAGGGGAUUUUAAUGGCCAGAUGUUUGAAACUACGGAAGACUGCCCUUCUGUCAUGGAGCAGUUUCACAUGCGUGAGAUCCACUCCUCUAAGGUGCUGGAGGGUGUCUGGAUUUUCUACGAGCUACCCAACUACCGUGGCCGACAGUACCUCCUGGACAAGAAGGAGUACCGGAAGCCCAUCGACUGGGGUGCAGCCUCCCCGGCUGUCCAGUCCUUCCGCCGCAUUAUUGAGUAAUGACAUGAAUGGAGCUGUAGAUUUCUUCCUGAGGGCUCCAGGCUGGCUGGCCUUGUGGUUCAAGUAGGCAUCAUAAAUAAAACAAUUGGCAUGCAUCCCACUGCUGACUUAUCA